ACACCACCGCGUCUCGAGGUACACAAGCGAUCGUCAAGCAGGCCAUAUCAACCUCACAACACGUCACUCCUUCGCAAGACCCCCAAGACCCCAAGAACUCGCGCUAUCAAGGCACCGCAGCAGCCCAAAGAUGUCAGCAAUCCAGCCACAGACAACAGCCCAAAGCGUCGCUCCGAGUUUGGGGAGCGGAGCAAGCGACUUCUGGCCAGUAUGGCUGCAGACAGCCCAAGACUCGCCCUGCAGCAUCUUCGAUCUCGCCAGCGAGCACCAGAAGCCUUGGCGAUCCAUCAACGCAGUCACCGCAGUGACAGGGGCUGCCGCAAGAACAGCCCGUCGGGCUCGCCGCAACUCGCUCAACAACGCGAGCAACAGCGUUGCCGACAACACCUGCUCAUGGCCCGGGCACCCCGCCGCGACACGCGCUGACGACACAAAGAGCGCCGAGGCCGAGCAGGACGAUCUGUGCGACGAAGACAUCUUUCGCGCCGUGUACGGGCAUGUGUUUCAGCUGCAAUUCGCCAACCGCACACGCAGCGUGCCGGACCUCUUCCUCGCUUCCCAGGCAGCAAGCGAGGAGCACACAACGGAGACAGGCCGCGCCAGCAACGUCCAGCAUCAGAUGGAUCUUCAUGCGGACACAGCGUGGACAUCAACAAUGACGAUGAGAGGCGCUCGGCGCCAGCGUCCCACAGCAGCAGUACCACCACCGCCAUCAUCGCCGAUGCGCUCUGGCAAGUGGAGGCAACGCGCAUCAUUCGUGUGGCAGAUGCUGUGCAGGCCGGUACAGUUGUUGCGGCUGCAGCCGCGCAACCGCGCCACGCAGGGGAGCGUGCCACGUCGCAAGAGCGCCCCGUGCCUGAGCCAUGCUCUGGCGGCACCGUCGCUUCUGUCACCAGCAGCACCAACGACAGCCGUGACAGCACAGAUGUCCGCGCCAGGGUACUACUCGCAGGCGGAGAUGGACUUGGCGCAGCGCCGCCGUGGCCAGCAUUCCUGGGGCACAGACGUGCAGUACGCGUGUGUCCAGGAUGACGAAGACGAGGAUGGGAACAGCGUGUCGGACUUUGGGUACGGCGCUACUGCCGAGUACACGGAGGUGGACGCCACCUUCUCCGUCGCACUCUCACCCUCGUCCCCAUCACCACCGGUCAUCUGGCAGGGUGGGCGCGGUGGGCUGGUGAGCAUGGAGCAGUACCUGCGCGAUGACAUCCCAUGCUGCAGCCCAGCUUGCAGCAGUGACACGUGUGCAGAGGCUCUGGCCCUCGCACCAAACGCUGUGCUGCUCCCUGAGAACGCCACGCACUACAUGGUCCCCGACGACGAGGUGGCGCGGAGGUUUCCUGCACUGCUGCAACAUCCGGAUCUUACGGGCGUCAUCUUGAUGCAGACAUGCCUGAGGAUGGUGAAAUCGGCGUGCUCUCGCAGACAGCACACACAGCUCGCCAAGCACUUCCGAGACAAACGCAGUCAAUCCAUCAUCUUUCGCAACGAGAACCACGCAGCAACGUGGCGGGAGAGACACGCAAACGAAUCAGCACACGCGCACGCCUUGCGGCUGGCAAGGGCGACAGCAUCGUGGUACACCACCCACCUCAACAAUAAGGUGCGUGUGGUCAUCGUGACGUACACACACGGCACAGCAGCACAAGGACAAGAAGAUGUGCGUGUUGGUGGCACUAGCGACGACCAUGAUGGCCGUGUGCAUGUGCUUGAUCUUCGUGCAUACAUCGAGCAAUUCCACAGCAACAGCCCAACGCUACUUGACGACUUUGCAGCAAUGGAGGCUGAGUUGUCUGUCGACGAUGACAGUUGUGACGGCCAACGCACACCGCAGAUUGGUGCUGGUGUCGGUGGUGGCGCACGUGCGAAUGAGCUGGGGUUCACAGAGUAUCUCAGCACCAGCGCCAUUAUUGCCGGCAUUAACACUGGCGAGUUUGUCCGCGGCCGCAUCCACGUCUUCAAGUGCGUCCUCGUUGUUCCGUUUGACUCGCGUCUUCCGUUUAUUCGCGUGGCGACAACAUCCCCGGCGGCACUUGAGAACAAGCGUCUUGUCGUGCGCAUUGACUCGUGGCCGGUUGCGUCUCGCUUCCCAAAUGGACACAUCACGGAGAUUUUGGGAAACGCAGGCGACGUCGCUACAGAGACGAAGUGUCUGCUGAUUGAGAACACAAUUUCCGUCCCGCCCUUCUCCACGGCACAGCUGCGUGAGAUGCCUGUGAACACGCGUGAACGUCCGUGGAGGAUGGCCGAUGACGAAAUCAGGCGCCGUCGUGACAUUCGCCACUCCCAUCUCGUGUUCAGCAUCGAUCCCCUCGGAUGCGAGGAUGUGGACGAUGCACUUGGCGUGCGUCGUCUCGACAACGGAAACAUUGAGCUCUCCGUCCACAUUGCAGACGUGUCGUACUUUGUGACCCCAAACACAUUCACAGAUGCAGAGGCUCGUGCACGUGGCACCACAGUUUAUCUUGUGAAUGGUCGCCACGACAUGUUGCCGGUCGUCCUCAGCGCUGACCUCUGCUCGCUCCUCGCCGACCAGGACAGGUAUGCCAUGUCUGUGUUCUGGGAGCUCGACAGCGAGCGCAACGUCGUGUCGACGUGGUUUGGCCGCACCGUCAUCCGCUCCUCGUAUCAGCUGCAUUAUGAACUGGCACAGGCGAUCUUUGAUGGACUUCCGGACCAAAACGCCAUUGAGCAGUUGCCAAAGCUGGCAAAAAUGUCGUCACAUGACGCCACAAAGCGGCUUGCGCGGCUUCGCGACGCCAUCUCGCUGCUGAUCACGACUGCGCGGGCGUUGAAGGCGAAGAGAGCUGACGCGGGCGGACUUGAGCUGGAGAGCGAUGAGGUGCGAUUCAAGGUGUCCACAUCGGACCCGGCCGCCAUUGUUGAAGUUGCACGCGUUCGCCACUGA